CCCGGUGGUCUUAUCCACAUCAUAGAUGACCAAGCUCGCCGCUCGCAUAAGAAGACUGACCACUCGAUGGUGGAAGCCUUUGGCAAGCGUUGGGGUAACCACUCAUCGUUCAAAGUUGGUGUCAUUGAUCCUUCUGGUUUCCCCACGUUCACCGUCAAUCACUUCAGCGGCCCCGUCGCCUGCUCUGCUGAGGGCUUCUUGGACCAUAACUUCGAUGCUCCCAACUUUUAUUUCGUCUCUCUUUUCGGUGGCAACACAAGCCCACCCCAAGACACUCUCUUCGGGACACUAGUGGACACAUCAACCUGA